AUGGUAAAAGAAAAAGAAUAUUAUGAAAGAUUAGGUGUUAAACCAGAUUGUACAGAAGAUGAAUUAAAGAAAGCAUAUAGAAAGAUGGCUGUUAAAUACCAUCCAGAUAAAAAUCAAGGACCAGGUAAAGAUGCAGCCGAAGCAAAAUUUAAAGAUAUUAGUGAAGCAUAUGAAGUUUUAAGUGAUCCAGAGAAGAGAAAGAUGUACGAUAGUUAUGGUUCUGAAGGUAUGAAGGAGAGUGGUUUCCAUGCAUCAUCAGCUGAAGACCUCUUCUCACAUUUCUUUGGUGCAGGAGGUGGCGGUGGUGGAUUUAGUUUCGGAGGUGGUGGUGGUGAUGAUUUUGGUGGAUUUAGUUUUGGUAAUAUGGGAGGUAUGGGCGGCAUGGGUGGCAUGGGUGGUGGUCACAAGAAGAGAAGAAAGGGUGAAGAUAUUGAACAUGAAAUGAAUAGAAGUUUGGAAGAAUUAUAUAAUGGAAAAUUAGUUAAGAUUUCAAUUAGUAGAGAUGAAGUAUGUAAAACCUGUAAAGGUAGUGGUAGUAAUAAACCUGGUGUAACCACAACUUGUCCAACAUGUAAUGGUAGUAGAUACGUUUUCCAAAAGAAACAAGUGGGUCCAGGUAUGAUACAACAAGUUCAAACAGCAUGUCACACAUGUCAUGGUACUGGUGAAAAGAUAAAAGAAGAGGAUAAAUGUAAAGAAUGCAAAGGUAAAAGAGUUAUACAAGGUAAGAAGAUCGUACAAUUCCAAGUCGAGAAAGGUACUAGAGAUGGCGAAAGAAUCAUGUUACAAGGUCAAGGUUCCGAGUAUCCAGGUGUACCACCAGGUGAUGUAAUCAUUACAAUUCGUGAGAAACCAAAUGUAAAUUUCAAGAGAAAUGGUGAUAAUUUAAUCUACACCAAACGUUUAAAAUUAUUAGACUCAAUCGCUGGUAGUCAAUUCAUUAUAAACACAUUGGAUCAACGUAAACUUUGGGUCAAUCAUGAGAAAGGUGAUAUAAUUAAGCAAGGUGAUAUGCGUUACAUAGAGAAUGAAGGUAUGCCAAUUAAAGGUACCUCUAGAAAAGGUAAAUUAAUCAUUGCUUUUGAUAUUGAAUAUCCAUCGAAUCUUACAAAUGAUGAUAUUGAAAAACUCUCUAAAAUCUUACCAAAAGCUGCCACCCCUUCUGUUUCAAAAUCUGAUUGUAAAUCGGUUGGUCUCUCAAAGGUAAACUUUAAUACCAACGAACAAAGUUCUCAUGGUGGUGCUGGUGGUGCUUAUCAACAACAUGGUGGUGCUUAUGGUCAUCAAAAACAACAACAACAAGGUUUUAAUCCUGCUGAUUUUGGUGCUCAAUUUGGUGGUGGUGGUCCACAACAAGCACAACAGUGUCAACAACAAUAA